UCGAGACAUAGAAAGAUGAAUGAAGGAAUACAUCGCGCCAUACCAUGGCUUACUUUACUACAUCACAAAAUGCAUUAUACCUGAUUUCGAGCGUCCUUGACUCCUAGUAGAAUCACAACAAAAAUACUUCUAAGGUUUCAAUCCCGAUAGUGAGCAAGCUUUCGUUGGAUCGGAUUCGCUCACAGUCUCAGACACGACUCCUUUUUGCACAAUCGUUCAUAACACGAAAAAGGAGUACUAUGGACUGUAUAAUGUGGCGAAAUUAACAUAAUUUUUGCAAGAAAGGGAAGACUGGAACAUAGGCUCGGGGUUAUUUAUCUAGUGAGAGCCUCGAGUCUGGUUCAUAUGGUAGCAUUGUGGUUGUGGCCAGAACGUCUGAAGGAAUCCCCACUACAACCAGCAACUUUGGGACGAAAGUAUUACAAGAAAUACUCGUAACUCACCAACACUUCAGUUCAGCUAAAGAAGAGAUAAAUAUCUUGCGAAACUUUCAAUUCGUCGCCACUACUCACACGCAUGCGACAAGCAGUUAUAUUUUAUACUGUAUUUCCCUUUAGUCUUAAUCAAAUUCGUACACGACUUUAUCCACUCAACUCAUAUGCGCGUCUCGUCGGCAGGAAGGCCGCAUUCGUUGUGCAAGGAUAAAUUAACAAUUAUCCAAAGAACAAGGGGGUCUCACGAGCACCCGGAAGUCGCAGUAAAGAGUACAAAGAGUCUGCUUCUGGCCCAACCGUUACGAUGGCUGGACAAACUCGUCGUAGGAGCUCUAGUUCCGCAUUUCAACAUCGCGCCGAACAAGUGCACUUUGUUCCAUUCGCCGGACAUGAUGAGACAAGAAGACCUUCUCUCAGCGCAAUGAUAAUGAAGACGCGGCGGAAAAUGAAGUCUCGCCAAUUUCUACUGCUGAUUAGCAUUCUUACCUUGGCUACAUUCUCAAUAUUCUACCUGCGAGCGCCUUUUCCAUACCAUUCGACUUCUUUCCCAUCUUCUAAUCAGAAACCGAAACAGCCAAGCAUACCGAAUCGAAUAUCUACCUCCAUUGAAGAUGUCAAGAAACCGCAGGAAGCUUCGUACCAUAUUGGUCCUUCGCAUCCAAUUUAUCAAUUAAUCAAGGAUAAUGAGCAAGCAUUCGAGAAUACAAGAGCAAAACAAUCGAAGACAUUGGAGGAAGCAGUGGCAGAAUAUAGAAAACGAUAUGGGAUACCUCCGCCUCCUAAUUUCGACAAAUGGUAUAAUUUCGCAAAGUCAAAAGGUGUAAAACUCAUCGACGAAUAUGACAACAUCCAUACAUCCCUAACGCCAUUUUGGGGGUUGAAACCGGAAACAAUCAGAGGGAGAGCACGAGAGGCAUUGGGUUUUCCUAAUAAUCUCAUAGGAUUGUUGAUUCGAGGAGGGAAGGUUACAAAAAUUGAGGGAGGGAAUAAAUGGCAACAAGAUGCUACGGUGGGAAUGAUGAAGCCAUUUUUGAAGUACCUCCCCGACAUGGAUCUCUGCUUCAACAUUCACGAUGAACCUCGUGUGGUUGUGCCAUAUGAAGAUUUGGCCAGGCUAGUACAUGUUGCAAAAGAUCAGAAUAUGCCGAAUGCGAAUUCUGUUGAAGCACCCAGAAACUCAUGGUCGCCUAGACCGAUUGAUGUCGCUAGCGACGGUCUGCGAGUGCCGGAAGUGAAGACUACACGAUUCAACGUUUUUUCUCAUCAGCCAACUUGGACCCAUUCAAGAAUGUCUUGCCCUCCAGAUAGUGCCGCGAGGAGUCUCAACGAUGGACGAAAAGAGGACAAUUACGCUAGUUAUGCAGUGACGGAGCUGGGAUUCGUGUAUAACCAAACUGCGUUCUCAGAUAUUUGCCAAUCCCCUUCUUUCAGCGAAUCCUUCGGAUUUUUCGAUCGUCCCAACGCUUUUAACAUCGUGCAUGACUUAUUUCCAAUUUUCUCGCAAUCAAAGAUCUCAUCGUUCUCAGAUAUAUUAUAUCCAUCUCCUUGGUACUGGUAUGGCAAGGUACCAUAUGAGGAAACUCAGGACAGGGCAUGGAAGGAUAAGAAAGACAAAAUAUACUGGAGGGGCUCGACAACCGGAGGCUUUAGUCGAGAUGGUGGUUGGAGACGGCAACACAGGCAAAAAGUGGUACAAAAAGUCAACGCUGUCGAUCAAGCAAAGAUUUUGGUCAAUCGAGGUGAAGAUACAAAGGAAGACUGGCAGGUGAAGAGUGUACCGCGAAGUGAUUUUAAAGAAAUUUUUGAUAUCUUCUUCUCCCACGUUGGACAAUGCGACCCUGGAGAUUGCGAAGCUCAAAAGAAUUUCUUCGAUGUUAAGGAAGCGGCGAAGCAACAAGAUGCAUGGAAAUAUAAGUAUCUACUUGAUAUGGAUGGAAAUGCUUUUAGUGGACGAUUUUACGCGUUCUUGAAAAGCAAAAGUCUGGUAUAUAAAAUGGCUGUCUUCAGAGAAUGGCAUGAGGAAUGGCUCAAGCCUUGGAUACAUUAUAUCCCUCUGAGUUUAAGAGGCGAUGAAUGGGUUGAGGCAGUACGAUGGUUUGCGGGAGAAGAGGUUGGGAAGAAAGAAGCAGAACGAAUUGCCCUUCAGGGAAGAGAUUGGGCAGAUCAUGUGCUCAGGAACGAAGACCUAGAAGUGUGGUUCUUCAGAUUAAUGCUUGAAUACGGAAGAUUAGUUGACGAUGACCGAGAAAUCAUCGGAUAUACAGGAACAACAGGAUCGACAUAAGAAUAAUUUCAUUAUAAUUAAUUAUAUUCGAAUCAGCUAUGUAUAAUACGAAGACCCAGAUCUUCUUUUAAUUAUUCCUGUACGAUACGAUGUUAACGAAACAAAAUGCUAGAACAAUCGCAUUUGCAUUUUACGUGAAGCACUCCCUCCAUCACGAGAUGAGGUUGAGAUGGACGAUCAGGAGUUUACGUAAAGACCAAUGCAUCAAUACCUCGAUUGCUUGACUCAUUGUGGAAACGGCGUGUGCCGGGGUUGAUAUAGUCGGACCCUUUGUCAUGUUUUGGAAUGUGUGCAGGAGCAUGCAUAUUACAUCAUUUCUAAUAUACCCAGGGCUUUCUUUUCUCUUUAAUUCGGAUGAUUGAUUGAUAUAAGGAUUGAUACCCUAUGUACUUAGUUUGCCUUUAUAUAUAUAGGUGUGUGCAUGUUUUCGUUCCUAUGGUGAUAGGAGAAAUUUAUCAAACAGAUAUUGGCCAAAAAUUAGAGCUUCAUACAAUUUUAUUCACUUUAACAUGAG